AUCGGGGAAUCGAACACUUCUUCGCCUUACCGAGGGCGAUUCUAAUGGCUCAGAAAAAGGCCGAGAGAGAGGAGUAUUAGCCAUUUUCCUUGUGCCUUGGCUCCUUCCCAGAUAAAUCUACUUUGGGGAAGGACAGCCGACGGACAGUACUAUUCAACCUGUGAAUUUCAAUGUCGAGGCUCCGUAAGAGGAAUUAAUACGCGGGUACAAAGUGUUCUUAAGACAGGAGAGAAUUUCAACAUUGAAAUCAGCUUCCAGGUAGAACCCUCCGAAGAGCAGCCGCACAUGCCAGCUCCAAGGGCGACCCCCACAGCAGCCGAAGGACCAGGCGGCAGGAUCGAUCGCCAUUAAGGAAAUCUGGGGGGGGGAAAUAAAUAAAAAAUAGAUAAACAGAGGUUUUCGGGGAGAGCGAGCGACCAUGGGCCUCUUCAACCUGCCCAUCCUCGGGAAUUCCCUCUUGUUCCCCACCAUCCUCACUUCCCUCAUCGUGGGCUUCAUGUUCCUCAUCCUGGCGGAGAGGAAGCGAGUGAAGGGCGGGUCGGCGUCGGCGGGGUCCCGGGGCGAUGUGAGGACGACGGCGAAGGAGGCGAAGGAGGGGGAGGGGAAGGAGGACGGGGGCGCCGACGGGGAGGCCGGAGGUGCAGGGGGACAGGGCGAGGAGGCUAAGGGGGAGAGUAGUAGCUGUUCCUCGGGGAGCGAAGAGGAUCUGGGGGAGAAGAGGAAGGCGAAGAGCAAGAAGGCGAAGAAGAAGCAUUCGUGCGAAGGGGCGAAGGCAUGUUCGUCCAAGAAGACUGUGUCGGAGGUGACGCUGUGGACCGGCGAGGGGCAGCAGAACCAGGGUUGUGUUGAGGAAUUUACAAGCAGCUUUGUAACGGGAGGUCUCAGCUGCUCGACCUGCUUGUUGUUGGACGAAUCGCGACAAAGUCUUUCAUUCUUAGAAAGUGGACCAACUUCAUUGAACCUAUUUAUGCUCACGUCCACGGAAAGUUGUGACGAACUUAUAAACACAUUACUUCAGCAUGCGAGAAAGGAGGAGGAAGAGAAAGCCAACUUUAUCUACAGUAUUGUUUGCUUGGCAGAAUCAAGCAGUGACCAGCUGCUCACGGCUGCUCAGAGAUUAAAUGACGACCUGGCUGAGAGAGGUGGGACAGAGUGGCUGCCUCCCGCUUGCAUCUCCAGCAGUGACCAGGAACCCGAGGACCAGGAAGUGCUCUCCCCUCUUAAAUACACCGCGAAGGUCUUAAAUAAAGUGAAGAAGAUUUCCAAGAAGUGUUGUGGUACCUCAUGUGGCACCAAGAAGUCCGUCGAUAUAGAAGAUCUGGCAGCCUCUCUCUUACCGGCCAUUACUCCUGUGAAAACAUAACGCCUCAUGGAAGGAGAGGUGGACGCAGAAGGUGGCGGUGGUGGUGGUGAAAUCAUCCUGUUUAUUAUCUUUCCAACCACCGCCCUAACUGUCAUUUCUUGAAAUAGAUGUUGAGGUCUUGGUCGCAUUAUAUAAUAAAGUUGGUAUGACUUUAUCACUGGUUGUCAUCAAUACAUAGUAGUCAGUGAAUGUAAUCUUGCAAAUAAAAGUUUUUUUUAUAGUUACGAGAAUACUACAAGCCGAACACUGCAAUAAGAGAAAAUACAAAUGUAUUUUUUUUCCAUUCAUUGCUUUACUGUAGAAUAUACUCUUAUAGGAAAAAAAUAAAACCCAUGGUGCUUGGACAACUAUCAUAGUAUCGUCGACCCUUUACUGUAUUGUUUCUGGUUUCUUGGAAGCAUCACGGAACUUGCGUCAUUUUCACUCGAGGAAAAACCUGCCUCGAAGAUAUUCCAUACUGCUGUGAUAUUCGCUUGCUGUCUCCCACGUGUUUUUAAGAUAAUGAGCUUAUUGUGAUAAAACGUAGUGAAGUCCUCUCUCCGUUGCUGAGGUUUAUCAUUACAUGACUUGGGCAUAUUGUGUAUGUGUGCUGGGUAUUUAUUCUAGACAGCGUGAGAUGGAGGAAGGAGGGGGGUGGGGAAGGGGCGGAAUAGAGGUUGAAAUCACGAAAGGUAGAAAUAGAGAGAGAGAGAGAUUGAGAACAGAAUCGUUGGUUUAUGCACAAGUAUAUAUUGUAUAUAUGGGACUCAUCCUGCCUUUGGUGAGUUUUUCUUUUUUGGUAUAAAGAAAGAAUAGUGAUCUGUA